AACUCACUCACAGUCAACCAUACUUCUCACAGUCAAUCGUUUGCCACUUACCGCUAAAUCGGGUACAGCAUGAAGAUUCUGUCGAGUGCGCUCGCCCUGCUACUCGCCACGUUGGCGGCGGAGGCCUUUACCGUACAACAACCACGGACGACCAAAGGAGUGUCCCGUGACACCGGGAUGUGUCGGGACACGCCGGAACGAAUUCCCCGGCGCGGUGUUUUUCUGUGGCAGAGUGCCAACGACGACACCUCCGGAGACGAAGUGUCCAACGUUGCGAAUGAUGGGUCUACCGAGGCGGCAGACGUAUCGAUGCAUACGGGAGAAAGAGAAUUGGAAGCCGACGCUGCCAACCAAGCGGAAGACGAAGUCCGAGAGCUAACCGCAGAUGACGCAGCGGCUGUGAACGAACAACAGGAGGAUAUAGAGGAGGAUCCGCCACAGGAGGAUCCCGAACUCGUAGCCCUCAAGGAAGAAAUUGCCAUUCUGGAACAAAAACUUAAGGAAAAGCGACGACAGUCGGCAGCCAUGGGCGACAGUGCCGACGAAAUGUCCAAGGCUGGCUACGCACGCAAGGUCGCCGAAAUGGAAAACAUGCGACGCAAACGAACCAUGAUGCAAAGUUCCAAUAAAAGUACCGCGACGGCGUCGAUUCUGGCCGAUUUUUUACCGGUAUUGGACAAAUUGAUUGAAUUGCGAGAGGCUUACGGCGAAGAUGAGUUCGGCCGGCAGUACAAUGCUCUACCCGGGGCCAUGAAAACGGCCCUGGUCGGCUUGGGAGUCAAGGAAUACGCCGUGUCGGUCGGAGAGAAAGUCGAUGCUUCACGUAUUAUUGUCGUCGAAGCGGAGCACUCGGACGAGUAUCCAGUCGAUACCGUCAUUCGGCCGGUCGCCGAUGGUCUGGAACUUGAGGGCAAUCCCAUCCGUAUGGCUUCGUGCGUGGCCAGUUUGGGACCGGUGCCGGCGGAUUUACCGCCAGAGGAGGCACCGGUGCAAGACGACAUGGUGCCAAACGACAACGCAUCGCCGGAAGACGAACAAAAACAAUAA